AUGGAGGAUCGUCGCACGAGGCAGCAACUGAGAUCGCGGAGAGGAACCAUGGUAGCAUCGCUCGGCCGAGCGGACCAGUUCAUGACGCAGUACGACGAGGAACGGGACAAGCUCGAGGUCGCUGUAAGGCUGCAGCAUUUGGACGGUAUUUGCAAUGGGAUGGAGGAAAUACAAGUGGCAUUAGAAGACAUGGCAGACAACGAACAAGAACGGGUGACAAAUAUGGAAAUUCACUCUGAGUUUGAAACACUAUUCACACAGUUCUCUGGAGAUUACAAAGACUGGCUUGCGUUUCAUGACACCUUUGAGGCACUGAUUCACAACAAUUCUGAGGUCGUUGAAGUCCAGAAACUUCACUACCUAAAAGCUGCUUUGAAGGGAGAGGCCGCCCAACUGAUCGAAUCAAUUGGAAUCAGUUCGGCAAAUUAUCGCUUGGCUUGGGAAGCAUUCGUCAACAGAUAUGCGAAUGAAUAUCUUCUGAAAAAACGUCAUUUGCAAGCUUUGUUUGAGGAUGCAAAUUGA